AUGGCUGCCGCCAACCUUCUUGUAGCUGUCUUCAUCAUACCACACGCUGUGCGGUAUCUGUUCGCUGCAGACGUUUGGUUUCCAGGAAUGCUCGGUCAAGUUUCUUGCAGACUUAUACAUUAUAUAGACGCUAUCUCCACUUCAGCUUCCAUUUUAGGCUUAAUCACCAUCUCGCUGAACCAGGCGUACACUAUCUUGUUCCCCAUAAAGAGGGUUGCAAUGAUACGAAAUACCAAGUUUAUUUCUCUGGUUAUUUGGCUCUCGUCUGUGAUUUUCACGUCUCCUUAUCUUGCUAUGUUCGGUGUCAAGAAAAUGUCUGGUCAGCGGCAUCGAUGUGUUUACGUGGUCCUCGACCAUGUCAUUUUGAAACUUCACGUUUCAUUUAUAUUUGUUUUCUUGUAUGGAUUUCCUCUCGUGUUUAUGGCAACUUUGUACGCUCUCAUGGGACGAAAACUGUGGUUUCGACGCAUUCCAGGAAACAUCUAUAGCAUCCACCGACAUGCUGCCGCGGAAGCUAAACGUAACGGCACCCGCAUGCUAAUCGUAGUCAUAGCAAUAUAUGCAUUAAGCUGGCUUCCUCCUCACGUGCUUAACAUGUGCAGGGUUUUCGAACCAAACGUAACAAGAAACCUGGCCUCCCAUUGGUCGUUGCUCAUUGCAUUUAUUGCGCAUGCGAACUGUGCUUUAAAUCCUUGCAUUCAAAUGGCAUUAAACAGAAAAUUCAGAGCGGAGUUCUUAAAACUGUGGAAUACUUGGAGAAAUAUGCAGCAGUGGUGCAUUCGUAAGAAAGAGGAAGUUGAGAAUAACAGGGAAGCUAAAACAUGCAUGGGAGGAUUCAAAGCUUUGGAGAAUGCUCUAGAAAGCUUAGCAAGGGGAAGAGGUAGACUCUAUGAUUUGAGCCCUGCAAAAAGAGAUGGGCGCCCCCGUUCAUUCUCCCCCAUACAGUUAUCUUACUACAAGAAGGCAGUGGGAACAGAAAGCUAA